AUGUUGGAAGAAGAAAAAAGACAGACUUUUCUUCUUUUGCACGUGGACAGAUACAACUCAUUCAUAGUUCCAGAGCUGCAAGGGCUAUUGAACAACACAAAAGAAGAAUACACUAUCUAUGCAACAAAGAUAGAAGGCCCCAUUAAAUAUACAGUAAUCACAACGUCUUUCUCUACUAUCGAUUACAUACUUAGCAAGAGCAUGCUGGUCAGCAGAGCCAUCAAGAUACUGAAUUUUACUGAAUAUGGGAAAGCAGAUAAAAAAGCAGAAGAGCCUAGCAGUAUAGUAGAUAAACUGUCCAGCUCUUUGACAGCUGACGUUCUGGAGUUUCUAAAAAAAGAAGUAAAGGGUGACUACAAGAUAGAAUGCAUAUGCAAUGAUAAAAUACAGGCAAUUGAGCAUCUUGUUACAUCUUUGGGCAUGCAGCAGAAUGUAAAUCUGUCUAAUCCAGCCCACAGCAUAUAUGUAGUAGAAGAAAGCUGCUUUUGCAUAGUAGGAGUGCUGUACAAAGAGAGCAACAGAAAACAGCUUCUGAAAUAUUCGGUUAAAAACAGGCAAUUUAUAGGAAACACUUCAAUGGACAACGAAAUAUCAUUUAUAAUCUGCAAUGCAUCAGGAGUAUCGGAUAAAACAGUGCUAUUAGACUGCUAUGCAGGAAGCGGGAGCAUUUUGCUAUCAGGCGCAAUCCACGGAUCGCUGGUAGUUGGAACAGACAUCAACAGCAAACAGUUCAAGGGAAGAGACAUUCCCCACACAAACUCAAGAAUUAAAACGCAACUGCCAAACACGUCAAUACAUAGCAACUUCAAGAUGUACAAUGUAGCUGACAAAGUACUGAUGAUAGGUGCACAGAAUGUGUUUGAUGGAUGCAUAUUUAGAGACAGCACAGUGGAUGUAAUACUGUGCGAUCCGCCGUAUGGAGAAAGAGAGACGGUUAAGAAAAGAGCCACAGACAGCAAUAAAUAUGUCGAAGGAUGCGACCAGUAUCUGCUUUUCUCAAUUCCAUUUCUCGACAGAGCAAUAGAAAUGGGGAAAAAAGUGCUGAAGAACAGAGGAAGGAUAGGAAUAUUCCUACCGCACGCAACAGGACACACUCCCCAGCUGAAAGAGAUGGAAGGAGUCAGAAAAGUCAGCCAAUCUGAGCAGUUCUUGAACGCGCUGUACUCACGAACAUUCUUUCUACUGGAGAUAAUCAAAUGA